GAAAAGAAGCAUUUCCUUUGUUAGUGGCUGAGCCUAAAAGCCUCGUGGGGAGCAGAGGAAAAGGGUAACAAACAAGUUAAAGCUGGUUGGGACAUGGAUUCUACAUCAGUGCGUAAGGACGUUGAUGAACCUUUGCUUGUUCCGAGCGAGCCACCACCACCUUCUUUGACUCAAUCAUCAAACUCCAAUUCCAAACAUGGAUCAGAUGGCGAGCUUGAGCGAAUACUCGCAGAUACAAGUGUCCCUUUGUUAAGGCGUCUUGGACCCGCAACAUGGGUGGAGUUGAAGCUUUUGCUUCGCCUUGCUGCCCCAGCUGUUGUUGUCUACCUUAUUAACUAUGUCAUGUCUAUGUCCACCCAAAUCUUUUCCGGCCACCUCGGUAACCUCGAACUUGCUGCUGCUUCCCUUGGAAACACCGGCAUCCAAAUCUUCGCUUAUGGACUUAUGUUGGGUAUGGGGAGUGCUGUUGAGACACUAUGUGGACAAGCAUAUGGUGCUCAAAAGUUUGAGAUGCUAGGCAUAUACUUGCAAAGAUCAACAGUGCUUCUGACAUUAGCAGGUGUACUUUUGACUGUGAUAUAUGUUUUCUCUGAGCCAAUUUUAAUUUUUCUAGGGGAGUCCCCAAAAAUUGCAUCCGCAGCUGCAAUUUUUGUCUAUGGCCUAAUCCCUCAAAUUUUUGCCUAUGCUGUGAACUUCCCUAUUCAAAAGUUUCUCCAAGCGCAGAGCAUAGUGGCUCCAAGUGCCUAUAUUUCAGCAGCAACAUUGAUCAUCCACCUUGUGUUAAGUUGGGUGGUUGUGUACCAAGUUGGACUUGGUUUAUUGGGUGCAUCAUUGAUGUUGAGCUUUUCUUGGUGGAUAAUUGUGAUUGCACAAUUUGUGUAUAUUGUGAAGAGUGAAAGGUGUAAGCAUACAUGGAAGGGGUUCACUUUUCAAGCCUUUUCAGGGUUGCCAGAGUUCUUCAAGUUGUCAGCAGCAUCAGCAGUGAUGCUGUGCCUUGAGACAUGGUACUUCCAAAUUUUGGUUCUGCUUGCAGGAUUGCUUCCUGAACCUGAGUUGGCUCUGGAUUCCCUUUCUAUUUGUACAACAGUGUCUGGUUGGGUUUUUAUGAUCUCAGUUGGAUUUAACGCAGCUGCAAGUGUGAGAGUGAGCAACGAACUUGGGGCAAAGAAUCCAAAAUCGGCGUCAUUCUCGGUUUUGGUUGUGACAUUGAUUUCUUUCAUAAUAUCGAUUAUUAUAGCAAUCGUAGUGCUUGCAUUACGAGAUGUCAUUAGCUAUGUUUUCACAGAGGGCGAAGAGGUUGCUGCCGCUGUCUCUGAUCUCUGUCCCCUCCUUGCUCUUUCCAUUGUCCUCAAUGGCAUUCAACCUGUCUUAUCUGGGGUGGCUGUUGGAUGUGGAUGGCAAACUUUUGUUGCCUAUGUAAACGUUGGUUGUUAUUAUGGAAUUGGCAUACCAUUGGGUUCGGUUAUGGGCUUCUAUUUCAAAUUGAAUGCUAAGGGAAUAUGGGUGGGAAUGCUAGGUGGCACGGUUUUGCAAACAAUUAUUUUGAUAUGGAUCACUUAUCGAACAGAUUGGAACAAAGAGGUUGAAGAAGCAGGUAAGAGGUUGAACAAGUGGGAGGACGCAACCGAGCCACUUGUCAAGAAUCGAGGUUGAACAAGUUAUGUUUUGGAUCUAUUAUAUUAUAUUAAUAUCCAUACUAUUUUAUAAUUAAUUCAACGUUGUAGGCUAGUUUUAUUUAUUUAAGCUUAUUUGAAAUCUUAAUUAAUAAUUUUAUCCAUUUAUUGUGUUUUAAUAUUUUUUAUCUAUUCUUAAUAUUUUAGUUAUAACUUUUGAUACAGGUAAAAUUUUUCAAUAAUUCUUAUUAUGUUAGAAAGCUAAUUUACAGAACUUUGAUUUAAUACUUCAUUUGUCAGAUUUAGAGUUCUGAACUGAAAAUUAUAAUUAUUUGAAAGUACCUCUGUAACGUUGUUAAUUAGAAUUUGAGUCUAAUUAAACUUUGUAACUUAUUUUAUUUUUUAAAUUUAUUAGUUUAGUUUUAGUUUGGAAUUUGUCUAUGUAAAAGACGGAGGAGGCAGAGGAAGUAGAGAUAUCUUUUUUCCUCUUUACAUUUUGGUCAUUCUUUCAAUUUGAAAUUAUUAUUAUUUUUUGGU